UUCAACUAAACUGUUGUCAUUUUUUGUACACGACAAUAUUACCCAGUUUUUAAUUUAUUUAUUGUAAUAAUCUAUAUUAUUUUUACUUUGCAACGCAAAUAUAUAUCAUUUUUAACAAAUGGAGGUGGCAUUAAUGGAAUUGGAAAGAUGCCGUACAAGUGGUGAUGGUAUGGAACAAGAAGAUCUGCAAGAGAAAGUAGAUCAAACACAAAUACCACAACGAGACACAAGUAAGAUCGUCAUUGAGGAUACAAAGCAAAGUUUUCAGAACAAUAAGGAAUCAUUGAGCGAAGCAGAACAGAGCAAGCAACAGCCUACUAGAAAAACAUCUAAUAGCGCUGGGUCAAACAAAACAAAUCAAGGACUACCAUUGCCUGGUUUACAUACAUUAUAUCGACGGCCGGAAUGCAUUACACGUAGUUUAAAGCCUGUGGUACCAAAAGGUGAAUUAAUAAUGAUGAAACCACGUUUAGUAGAUCCCAUUAAUAUUUUGCCAGAACAUAAAAAGAAUAAACCGCCCAAGUUUAUACCCUAUGAACCAUAUACAGGAGCUGUAAAUCCCAUAGUGCCAAAACAGAAAAGUGGUACGGCGACACCUAGAACAACAAUGACAACAAAAUCUAAUCGUAAUAAUUUAGAUAUUGGUAUAUUAGUGAACCAAAUGUCCUCCCUAAGAACACAAGAGUUACAGGACGUGUCGGUAGAUAAUAAAACAAAUGAAACUAAAACAAAGAGUGAGGAGGAUGUUAGGCAAAAUAAUCAAGAAUUGGCUAAUUUAAGAGAAGAAUUAAGAAAAGUUAAAGUAGAACGUGACUACUUUCAAGGACAAUUUAAAUUUCAAACACAAGUUAAUGCAGAACUUAAGAAUUUACUAGUAGCCUCCGUGGGAGAAGAUUUGCUUACACGAGUAAAUGUACUAACCGAGGAUAAAUUACAAUUGGCAAGAGCUUUACUCGAUACUGCCAACAAUUUAACUACCCACACUGAACAAAUUGAGUUUUUGGCGGGACAGUGUGAAGUCUGGCGUUCAAAAUUCUUAGCCAGCAGUGUUAUGGUAGAGGAAUUAGCUCGCUGGAAAGCAGAUCUAACACAAAAAAAUCAAAUGCUUAAUGAAUCCACGAAAAGACUAUUGCACACCACACACCAAUUACGACAGAUGCAGUUAGACAUGUUGAAAAAUUUGAAAUUUUUGGCAAAAAUACGUUACUUAAAUCUACCAGCUACCGAUGUUGUAACAUUAGCCGCCGAGAAUUUAAAUAUACUACAACAAAUGGUUUUGCAUUCGGGUGUAGGUAUGCCGGAUGGUGAUAUUAGCAUAUCUUCUGCUUCGACAUCACCACUCUGUGAUUCUGAAAAAUAUGCUGUACAAGCUUUAGAAUUCAUUAGUCAACCUUUAAUGGCAACUGAUGAAGCUAUUAAGGCUUUGUUUGGCCAGGCUCAAAGACCCUAUGCCUCACAAGUGUCAACCACUUCCACUUCAGCCACUGAAUUGGAAAAUGUUAAUUCAACUUUAAAGGAAAAUUAGAAACCUAUUUUAUUUUAUAACAACUAUUAUUAUAUUGUAUGUAUAAUUUUACCCAUCUGUAAUAUUUUAUAUUCCCUAAUUAUAGUUUUCAAAAUAAAGCAAUAAUUAUUAUAAUAAACAAAAAUAUGUGCAGUA